AUGACCCCGGCCCAUCUGAUGGCGCGAUUGCCGCCAUUUCUUCUCGUCUCUAGCUUUUUCAAUCUCGCUUCAGGCCAUGUACUGCCGCAACCGACAAAGACCGUCGCCUUCCAUGAGAUCAACGCAGCGUCAUACCCACUCGCCGCAACGCUUGCGCCCGACGACUCAUUCUUACAGCGACGACAAUUCAACACAAUCUGUGGUUACAUAGGAGGUGAUCCCGGACUGCCUGCGACUUGUUCUGCAGGCUCGCAUUGUGUGGUUGAUGUCGAUCACGAUGCGGUGGGGUGCUGUCCCGAUGGAGGAUCUUGCACACAGGAAACUUCAACAGCAUCAGAGACCGAAACCGAAACCGACAGUGCAAGUGGGACUUCUGGUACCGCGGAUCCUUCAGCCACCGAUUCUGACGAAUCUGCCUCUUCUGGAGCUUCAGCUCCCGACACUGACGGCGAUAACAACUCGCGGAACACGGGCGCCAUUAUCGGUGGGACUAUCAGUGCCGUGGCUGCGCUCGUAGCCCUCAUCGUCCUCGGAGUCUGGCUCUGGAAGCGUAAGAAGGGAAAUACGCGCCAGGGACCUGGCGUGAAACCGCAAGUGCAGCGUAUUGGUCCACCGUUAGAGAAUAACCAUAGUUUCGCUCCGGUGCCCCCUAUGCAGGAAGCCGAUAAAAUGGCCCCGCCCCCACCGGUCCCCGUAACUGACCAGCGGAGCAUGAACCCAAUUGUUGACCACGACGGACCUUACGCGGAGCCUUGGGAUCCCCAGUCCAAUUACGGUUACUCGGCGGGGGCUGUCGGAGGUUCGCAGAUGGAACACGACGAGGUGCCGUUGACGAGAGACGACGACUUUCAGCACGGUUACAAUUCCGGUCUGGGACGUAUCAGCGAAGAAGAACCGCGACCAGGAAUGGCUAUUAGCACGACAGGUCAUGUAAGCAGUCCUGUUCAACCAUAUCCCGGACCCCGUCGCGAUGGAGGGGGGCCAUUAUGGCAACAGAAUCGUGGGCCUGGAUGGUUUUAA